AUGGGGGAAUUGAAUUUUUUCUUGGGUUUACAAGGGAAGCAAUCUCAAAAGGGGACUUUGAUAAGUCAGCAGAAGUACGUCAAGGAGCUGCUGACGAGAUUUGACAUGGAAGCAUCAAAUAUCAUUGACACUCCCAUUGCCACAGCCACUCAUCUAGACAUGGAUGAACCUGGUUUCCCUGUGGAUCAGACCAUGUAUAGAGGUAUCAUAGUGUCACUCCUAUAUCUCACAUCAAGCAGACCAGAUAUUAUGUUCAACGUGGGUCUCUGUGCAAGGUUUCAAUAUAAUCCAAAGGAAUCUCAUCUGAAGGCUCCCAAAAAAAUAUUGAGAUAUCUCAAAGGAGCGCAGGACCUGGCUCUCUACUAUCCCUCAGGAGACAACUUUGAUCUUGUUGGGUAUGCUGAUGAUGAUUAUGCAAGGUAUCUGGGUACAAGAAAACAAAACUCAGUGGCAUUCUCCACUGCAGAAGCAAAAUAUGUGGCAGCUGCAUCUUGCUGUGCUCAACUACUAUGGAUUAAGCAGCAGCUGGAAGACUUUGGAGUGUUCUCUGAUUGUGUGCCCUUGCUCAUAAAAGAUCAAAUUGCAGACAUAUUCACCAAAGCACUAAACAGAGAGCACUUUGAAAGAAAUCUCUUGGCACUAGGGCUGAUAAAACCAAACUGA